AUGAAACUGUACCCUCUAGUGUUUAUAAUAGUGAGUAUCGAGGCAAAGGCUAGGACUAAAUUCUGUGACGUGGUUUCCUCUGACCCGACAAAGCAUUGCUUCGUGAAAGAAACUUUGACGACCAUUGCACACAGCCCCAACCAACUGUCCGUGGACAAAGCCACCAAUACGCUAUACUUCAGCUUUGAUUUCGGACAAGGAGAGUACGUGCCGGCAAUACUCCAUAUGGAUAGCAAAAAUCUAAAUGUAUUAAAAGGGGUUAAGGACGCGUUUGCUAUAGCCAAUGAUCCUACAACAGGAGAAAUGUACUUCGGAGGCAGCCAUGGGAUCUACAAAUACAAUGCAGUCAGCAAGACCCUGCAGCGGUUGAACAUAAACAACUUGGACAUCUGGUGGCUGUUCAUCAAGAAGAACAUAUACUUUAUCAAGUUUCCAAGUCUCAGUGCGUAUUACUAUGAGAACAGAACAAUAAGAGCCGUUCCUGCACUAAAGGGUGAUAUAGUUCAUCAAUUUGUUUUGGAUAAAGAGGAUAAUAUUUUCUUUAUCAAUGGCUCAGGUUUGUUCGGUAUUAAGCAAGAUGAUACCUCGCCAGUAUUACUGAGGGAUCACCCAAGAUUUCUGGGGAUUGCGACGGAUAACAAUGGGGUCGUUCAUGUAUGUAGCGAGGAUGGUAUAUUUGUUAUCACUAAAAUGGUACAAAAAGUUAAGAAAGUUAUCAACGUGCAAGGAGUAUUGGGUAUGACGUUUGACAAAUCUAAUAAUAUUAUCUAUUCGGAUUCCCACGAGAUCAUAAGGCUACUUCCGUUGUCAAAACAGAAUUACAAUGAAAAUGAUCAUGGACAAUAA